GUCUUAAAAAGAAAAAUCAAGUACAUGCAUCAGGGGGGAGGCAGGUUUAGCUCCGCCAGCUCAACUGCUGAGGUAGGGCUUUGUUCUAUGCACCGCCGCAAACGUCUUAGAGUUGACUUGAUUCCGUGUGAGGAGCAACCGAACCGACUGCGCUGCAACCCCAGGCGGGAGUGCCACUUUAAGGAUUCGGUGGAGUACGCCGUCUGCGAUGUGCACAACCGCCGCCGCAACAUUAAUCAGAUGAAAGAGGUGCGUAAAGGUGUGUGGGAGUGCCUGCCGGAACAUCUCUGCCGUCAGCAUGGCAACACGAGUGCUGCAAAUGCUCGAGCAAAUGGUUUGCCGACUGAAACUCCGUUCGGUCAGCCUUUUAGCGGUAGGCGUCGCGCCCGUAACGAGCGGUACGUCAACGAUGCGUCCAACGUUAUGAGCUGGGCACCCUCCGCGACGCCACUACCUGCUCCAUCCCAGCAGGCACAAACCAGUGGAAGUGCCCUACUAGACGAGGCUGGUGCACAUCAACUUGAUUCCAACAGGCGCCUAGGAACCGGCAGGGGGCUUGCGGCGGAGCGCAAAGUUUGGUGUGCACGACAUGGGAAGCUACUGUAUAUCAAUCAAUGUGAAGCAUUGCAGGAUUCCUGCUACGUUUGUCGCGACAGUAGCUUGUGCUUAUCUACCCCUUUGGACCCGCCAAGCACGCUUAUGGAGAAGUCCCCCAUGGAGGUGUUAUGCAUCAAGCAUCAUACACUACGUCUUGCGGAUUUUGUUGAUCUGAACACGGAUAAAACCGGAUAUCAAUGCCAGCGAGGCCACGCUUGUCGGAUCUCAACACUUCCCACUCGUGUGAACCUUAGCCUCACGAAGGAUACCAUGCCUGCCUCUUACGAAGCUAACGUCCCAUCUCAGGGAGAAGAAGAAGAGGAGGAUCUCCCAGCUGUCCAAGGUUACCUUAGUGCUGUAGCGACUGACACUUUCGUGCCGGCAUCAGGAAAGGAGACCGUAUCUUCCUUUUUUAUAUAG